GUUCGGGGAAGCAGGACUGCGCCGAAUGCCAUCGCCGGAGGACUGGAACAGCGAGGCUCCGUGGCCGUCACGGACUGCACGAAGAUCGUGGUCUACAGCGUCAUGGUAGACAGGUUUGCGAAUGGAGAUAUAACGAACGACCUCUACAACAUCCCGCACUAUCAGAAGCAGGUGGGGACUUGCUCGGAAUACUUGGAAGGUGCACCCGCUUGGGACCGCUUGGCCUCAGCUCACCUGAGCAGAGAGUUAAGGCUGAGCUACAUGAAGCACCUGGGUGCCACGGUGGUUGCCCUGUCGCCAGUCUUCCUGAACUCCGGUGGGGAGUACCACGGCUACUCAAUCUCAGAUCUCUCCAAGAUCGAUCCCGGCUUUGGCGAUGCGAAGCUGCUGCAGGCACUGGUUGCCGAGGCUGGACUCCGGCUCUCCGUGAAGUCGAAGCGUGCGCAGCGUGCGAAGGGAGGGCGGUUCGUUCACGGAAGGUUGGAUGUGCAGGUGAACCAUGCAGUGGCUACCGGUCUGGAGUACAGGUCAGUCCACAUGGACCCGGUCUCGCAGGUCAGCAACUGCGUGGCUUCUUUCGAGGAGGUCUAUCGCAACACCAGUGGUGGUCAGCCAAAGCGGUCGCCCGGCACUCCUACAGACUCCUACACCCUCGUGCCGUCCUGGCACCAGCGUUCCCUCAGCUUCGGCGUGCUUCCUCGGCAUCUGCACCACCAGGAGUUCUUCGCCCGAUGCGGACCCAAGAGGAUGGACCGUCCGAACAACCACGACUUCUCCAACGAGCCCCAUGACAGUGAGGAGUACGAGGCCUGUGCCUGUCCGGUCGCCAGAAGUUUGUGGCUCAGCCUCAGUGCCCAGAACCACAAGAUUGGCCAGCAGAGGAAAAGUGUAAGGCGAGGCAUUUGUGCUCAGUCCCUCAGCUGA